GAUUUAAAAUCGGCACCCUAAUCUUCAUUCGUACAAGUAUUACAGAUCAUAUACUGAUAUUUUUUUUUGCAGUAGAGUAAGAGGGAAUGAUCUUCUAUUAUAACGGUGAAAAGAGAUCAUUAUCGUGCUUAUUUCUAUCGGAACAUGUAUACCGUAUCUAAAGGGCCUAGUAAAAUUGUAGCGAAGACUCGUAGAGGAAUUAGUCAGAAUCUCGAGAGAUUAGAAACUCUACGUGAUCUAACGAGAAAGACAGUUCCUGAAAACGAACACGAAAUCACCCGUCAUGUGCCAAAGCCAGUCUUUCACAUCAAUGGGAAGUCAAAGUUCAACACACAGAGGCAUCAAAUGCAAGAAGUUAUAACACCACAGCACGAAGAACUUAUUAAGUUUGUUUAUGAGUCAUGGAACCAAGUUAACACAAGACAAAGAAGUGAAUCCUUGGACGGAUCAGAUUGCUCAGAGCCUUCCAGUCCUAGUUCUAUAGUAUAUUAUAAUGAUGGAGAACCAAAUGACAUUCUUCAAGAUUUUAAACCUUUUGACCUAGAGUCUUGGUGGGGUAAACGGUUAUUCAAUAACAUCACAAAUUCACUCUGAAAUACCAGAAGAUCUAAGAAUAUUCCAUAUUGAAGAAUUCAUUGGAUGUAGUAUGGCCAAUAUUAGCCAGUGCAAAAAAUUAGCAAGAAUUAAGUUUUAAAGACAAUUUAAUCAUGGGUGGAUUUGAACUUUAAACAGUGUUACACAAUUGAGACAUUAAAAUGGACUCAAUUUAUUAUUAGGUUCUGUGUAAUAAAAUUUUGCACCAUUAUAAUUUCAUUGGCAUCGUAUUUUAGCAGGCCUAUCGUAACACGAUAAAUGCAAGUUUGCACGGAAUAAUAUAGAAAUAAUAUUCAACAAAGUGCUUCUAAUAUUAGAUUUUUACUUAAUGAGAAGAAUAAAUAAGUGCUAUGCAAUAUUUAAAAGCACACAUUCUUAACCAUGCGUUGUGUUAAUGAUAUAUGCAUUUGUUUAUCAAUUAUAUUAUUAUGAAAUAUGAUUCAUAAUGAUAUAUAAAAGGAUAGACAUAUGAUAUCAUUGUACACAUAUUGCAAUCUGCACAAUUUUCAUGAAAAAUGUACUUGAGAGCGUGCAGAAUCCUUUUCCAAGUAAAAAGGGUUGCAGUCUGAGUAGACAAUAAGUAAACUGUAAUGCAAUACAAAACGUAGUCAUUCACUUCAUUAUUAAGAAACAUUGAAUUUCCUUUAGGCUUUUAAUACAUAAUAAAACUGUGAAUGCAAUUAACAACUGCAUACCAAAUAGGGCUAAAGAAUUAUGUAUAAAUGAACCCUGUGUGGUAUGAAUGUUGCGUGAAAAUAAGAAACUUAACCAUAGAAUAUUGUACAUAUUAUGUGCAUUAAAUUGAGUGAAUGCAUGGUAAUGUUGCUGAUAUUGUUACAAGGUCUAUAUUUGAAUAUCUUUAUGUAAGCAACGAUUUAGUAUAACUUUGUAGACUGAUACUAUUAAGGUUGUCAUAUUAUCAUUGGAAAGACAAAAUUUGUCACCAAUAUGUCCAUUUGCAAGCUAUGCUUUCAAAAUUUGAAUGUUUCAUUAAGUCUGCUCAUACUUGCUAAAAUUUUAUAUAUCAGUAAAUGUGUAUUAUUAUUUAAGGAAAUCAAUUAGGAAGAAUUUUUUGGGAUCUGAGAAGUUUUUUGGUAAAGCACAGUUUGCAAACGUAGUCGAAAUGUAGUGCAAUAUAUUUGGCCAUGUGGGCUGAAUAAUAUUAUUAUAAAGAAUAAAUAUGGCUUUAUACAUA